AUGGCAAGGACCAAGCAGACGGCGCGCAAGUCGACGGGUGGCAAAGCUCCGCGCAAACAGCUGGCAACCAAGGCGGCCCGCAAGAGCGCUCCGGCCACGGGUGGCGUGAAGAAGCCUCACCGGUACCGACCGGGCACGGUGGCGCUGCGGGAGAUCCGGCGCUACCAGAAGUCGACCGAGCUGCUGAUCCGCAAGCUGCCCUUCCAGCGCUUGGUGCGGGAGAUCGCGCAGGACUUCAAGACCGACCUGCGCUUCCAGAGCUCGGCCGUGAUGGCCCUGCAGGAGGCGAGCGAGGCUUACCUGGUGGGGUUGUUCGAGGACACCAACCUGUGUGCCAUCCACGCCAAGCGGGUCACCAUCAUGCCUAAGGACGUCCACCUGGCGCGGCGCAUCCGCGGCGAGCGCGCCUGA